CUUCCUCUUUUCUCAGUAUCCCCCUCACGUAAGUCCGCAUACCCAACACAGUGCAGCUGAUUUAUUUAUUUUUCCCUCAGCGUUUUUAGGUGGAUUGAGUGGGAUGCUUUAUUCAACUCAGGGACGCACUGUGAAUAUGUUUUUUGGGGCAACCCGUUUGGCAUGUUCCCCUCAGCUAUGCGACAAAGACUGGUUUGUCUUCUUGUGACCUGGCAGAGGAGGCAGAAGUACUUGCUGAGCUUAUGCAGCACGUAACCCAACCGGUGUCCCACCUCUUCAAGUGGUGAAUCAGCCUGAUGAUACACUGAUUUUUAGAACACACUAGGGUGGAGACCUGGAAGUCUGUACACUGGUCGGGAGGGAGGGAUGAUUUGCAUGUCAAACUAUUUCAACAAUGAAGCUUACAGGAAAAAAAAAUUAAUUGCAAAACACUGAUGCCCUUUGCCACCGGAUUUUUCCAUUAACACCACACUUUACACGCUUCCAAAUCUGCCCCAGGGACAGCCGUUUGGCAGUGUGAGGGGAAAUAGCGGCAUCGCAUCAUAAGAGCAAUGAUUCUUACCUAUGACCCUAUCCGGUAAGGGAUCCCAGUGGGCCCGAGCAUCACACACGUGCUGGAGCUGCGUGUUCUCUGAGGAACAUGCUAGAUGUUACUUGGGUGCUAGAAAACAGCAGCUGGAAUUCACAACACCUCAGAACACUGAUUGUAAAUGAAGAAACCUGAGACAGAACAUCUUCCAGAAAGGAAAAGCAGAUGAUAUUCUGAAUGGAGACCAGGACAAGGAACAAAAAGACCCUUACUUUGUGGAGACCCCCUAUGGUUAUCAACUAGACUUAGAUUUCCUCAAAUAUGUGGAUGACAUACAGAAGGGAAACACCAUCAAAAGACUGAACAUCCAGAAGAGGCGGAAGCCAUCCGUGCCAUGCCCAGAACCCAGGACCACAUCUGGUCAGCAAGGUAUAUGGACUUCCACCGAAUCCCUCUCAUCCUCCAACAGUGAUGACAACAAGCAGUGCCCCAACUUCCUCCUAGCCAGAAGCCAAGUUACGUCAACUCCAAUCUCAAAGCCACCUGCCCCUCUGGAGACCUCACUCCCUUUUCUUACCAUCCCAGAAAAUCAACAGCUGCCACCUCCCUCACCACAACUCCCAAAGCAUAACCUUCAUGUCACCAAGACACUGAUGGAGACCCGGAGAAGACUGGAACAGGAGAGAGCCACCAUGCAGAUGAUACCGGGUGAGUUCAGGAGGCCCAGGCUGGCCAGUUUUGGAGGCAUGGGCUCCACAAGCUCCCUCCCCUCUUUUGUGGGUUCUGGAAACCACAAUCCUGCCAUACACCAGCUUCACAAUGGAUACCAAGGUAAUGGGGAUUAUGGUGGCUAUGCCCCAGCUGCUCCCACCACUUCCUCCAUGGGGAGCUCCAUCCGCCACAGCCCCCUGAGCUCAGGGAUCUCCACCCCAGUGACCAACGUGAGCCCUAUGCACCUGCAGCACAUCCGUGAGCAGAUGGCCAUUGCUCUGAAACGCCUGAAGGAACUGGAGGAGCAGGUGCGAACCAUCCCUGUGCUCCAGGUAAAGAUCUCUGUCUUGCAAGAAGAGAAAAGGCAGUUGGCCUCACAGCUGAAAAACCAAAGGGCUGCAUCCCAGAACAAUGUCUGUGGUGUGAGGAAGCGGUCCUACAGUGCAGGGAACGCCUCCCAGCUGGAACAGCUCUCCCGGGCCCGAGGAAGUGGCGGGGAACUAUACAUCGACUAUGAGGAGGAAGAAAUGGAGAGCGUAGAACAGAGCACCCAGAGGAUAAAGGAGUUCCGGCAGCUUACAGCAGACAUGCAAGCCCUGGAGCAGAAGAUCCAGGACAGCAGCUGUGAGGCCUCCUCAGAGUUCAGGGAGAAUGGAGAGUGCCGGUCUGUGGCUGUGGGUGCCGAGGAGAACAUGAAUGACAUCAUCGUGUACCAUAGAGGCUCCAGGUCCUGUAAGGAUGCAGCUGUAGGGACACUUACUGAGAUGAGGAAUUGUGGGGUCAGUGUGACAGAGGCCAUGCUUGGAGUGACGACUGAAGCUGACAAAGAAAUUGAGCUGCAACAGCAGACCAUAGAAGCCUUGAAGGAAAAGAUCUAUCGCCUAGAAGUACAGCUUAGAGAAACCACCCAUGACCGGGAGAUGACUAAACUAAAACAAGAGCUGCAGGCUGCUGGAUCGAGGAAAAAGGUUGACAAAGCCACGAUGGCUCAGCCGCUUGUUUUCAGUAAGGUGGUGGAGGCAGUGGUGCAGACCAGAGACCAAAUGGUCGGCAGUCACACAGACCUGGUGGACACGUGUGUUGGGACCUCCGUGGAAACAAACAGUGUAGGCAUCUCCUGCCAGCCCGAAUGUAAGAACAAAGUCGUAGGGCCUGAGCUGCCCAUGAAUUGGUGGAUUGUUAAGGAGAGGGUGGAAAUGCACGACCGUUGUGCUGGGAGGUCUGUGGAAAUGUGUGACAAGAGUGUGAGUGUGGAAGUCAGCAUCUGCGAAACAGGCAGCAACACAGAGGAGUCUGUGAAUGACCUCACACUCCUCAAGACAAACUUGAAUCUCAAAGAAGUGCGGUCUAUCGGUUGUGGAGAUUGUUCUGUUGACGUGACUGUCUGCUCUCCAAAGGAGUGUGCCUCCCGGGGCGUGAACACUGAGGCUGUUGGCCAAGUGGAAGCUGCCGUCAUGGCAGUGCCUCGUACCGCAGACCAGGACACUAGCACGGAUUUGGAACAGGUGCACCAGUUCACCAACACCGAGACGGCCACCCUCAUAGAUUCCUGCACCAACACUUGCCUAAGCACUUUGGACAAGCAGACCAGCACCCAGACUGUGGAGACGCGGACAGUAGCUGUAGGAGAAGGCCGUGUCAAGGACAUCAACUCCUCCACCAAGACGCGGUCCAUUGGUGUUGGAACGUUGCUUUCUGGCCAUUCUGGGUUUGACAGGCCAUCAGCUGUGAAGACCAAAGAGUCAGGUGUGGGGCAGAUAAAUAUUAAUGACAACUAUCUGGUUGGUCUCAAAAUGAGGACCAUAGCUUGUGGGCCACCACAGUUGACUGUGGGGCUGACAGCCAGCAGAAGGAGCGUGGGGGUUGGGGAUGACCCUGUAGGGGAGUCUCUGGAGAACUCCCAGCCCCAGGCUCCACCUGGAAUGAUGACCGGCCUGGAUCACUACAUUGAGCGCAUCCAGAAGCUGCUGGCAGAACAGCAGACACUGCUGGCUGAGAACUACAGUGAACUGGCAGAAGCUUUUGGGGAGCCUCACUCACAGAUUGGCUCCCUCAACUCUCAGCUCAUCAGCACCCUGUCGUCUAUCAACUCUGUCAUGAAAUCUGCAAGCACUGAAGAGCUGAGGAACCCUGACUUCCAGAAAACCAGUCUGGGUAAAAUCACAGGCAGUAAUUUGGGAUAUACAUGUAAGUGUGGAGGCCUUCAGUCAGGAAGUCCCUUAAGCUCCCAGACAUCCCAGCCUGAGCAAGAAGUGGGGACUUCAGAAGGAAAGCCAGUCAACAGCCUGGAUGCCUUCCCCACUCAGGAAGAUACGCUGUCUCCAGUGAACCUGACAGACGACCAGAUCGCCGCUGGCCUCUAUGCAUGUACAAACAAUGAAAGUACACUGAAGUCCAUCAUGAAGAAGAAAGAUGGUAACAAAGAUUCAAAUGGCGCGAAAAAGAAUCUUCAAUUUGUUGGCAUUAAUGGAGGGUAUGAAACAACUUCAAGUGAUGAUUCCAGCUCAGAUGAAAGCUCUUCUUCCGAGUCAGAUGACGAGUGUGAUGUCAUUGAGUAUCCUCUUGAAGAAGAGGAAGAGGAGGAGGAUGAAGACACUCGGGGAAUGGCAGAAGGGCACCAUGCAGUUAAUAAUGAAGGUUUCAAGUCUGCCAGGGUGGAAGAUGAAAUGCAGGUUCAAGAAUGUGAACCUGAGAAGGUGGAAAUCAGAGAGAGGUAUGAAUUAAGUGAAAAGAUGUUGUCUGCAUGCAACUUACUGAAAAAUAACAUAAAUGACCCCAAAGCUUUGACCAGCAAAGAUAUGAGGUUCUGUCUGAACACCCUCCAGCACGAGUGGUUCCGCGUGUCCAGUCAGAAGUCAGCCAUUCCAGCCAUGGUGGGGGACUACAUAGCUGCUUUUGAGGCCAUCUCCCCAGAUGUCCUCCGCUAUGUCAUCAACUUGGCAGAUGGCAACGGCAACACAGCCCUCCAUUACAGCGUGUCCCACUCCAACUUCGAGAUUGUGAAGCUGCUGUUGGAUGCCGAUGUGUGUAACGUCGAUCACCAGAACAAGGCAGGCUACACCCCCAUCAUGCUGGCAGCCCUCGCCGCUGUGGAAGCAGAGAAGGACAUGCGGGUUGUGGAAGAACUCUUUGGCUGCGGGGAUGUGAACGCCAAAGCUAGUCAGGCGGGACAGACGGCCCUCAUGCUGGCGGUCAGUCACGGACGGAUAGACAUGGUGAAGGGCCUGCUGGCCUGUGGGGCUGACGUCAACAUCCAGGAUGACGAGGGCUCCACGGCCCUCAUGUGUGCCAGUGAGCAUGGGCAUGUGGAGAUCGUCAAGCUGCUGCUGGCCCAGCCCGGCUGCAAUGGUCACCUGGAGGACAACGAUGGCAGCACUGCGCUCUCGAUCGCCCUGGAAGCAGGACACAAGGACAUCGCUGUUCUUCUGUAUGCCCAUGUCAACUUUGCAAAAGCCCAGUCUCCGGGCACCCCUAGGCUUGGAAGGAAGACGUCUCCUGGCCCCACCCACCGAGGUUCAUUUGAUUGAUUGUAUGCAAAUAGCCCUCAUUUACAUGCCACCAUUAAGCUGCUAAUUGUUCCUGUUGGGGUGACAGAUACUGAAUGUAUAUGUAUUGUGCCUGAGCUCACCAGCAAACGGAAGCAUCAAGCCCAGGGGUAAAGGCUGAAGCUUUCAUAGUGCAGAGAUUGCCAGCCUGGGCACACACGCCUCCUUUCUGGCCAUCUUCUCUCUGUGUAGGGCACUUUAACCCAGUCUCUGUUGCUGUUGAGUCUCUGCUUUGUUUUGUACAGUCAUAGGAAAUUCUGACCUGAUCUGAAGGGGCACCUUCUGUUCACUCCCACAAAGAAGUGUCAGGUUCUCAUUGAGAUGUUUUAAAAUUUUUCCUCAAAUAUUUACAUUUAUUAAAUGUGGAACUAUUAGGAAGCUCUUCCAAAAUCUCAUUCCAUCCAGCAUAGUUUUGAUUUUUCUUGUCUUUUAUUUUAAAAUAAGGAAGUUGAGAUGACUUUGAUCAUCGGUAACUUGGGCCUGGGCUAGACAAAACUCUCAAAGUAUAAAACUUACAAAAGAAUAUUCUCGUUUGGUUUUAUCUAGGUAGAUGUAAUAUAUGACUUUUUAUAAAAAGAGUAUCUAUAUGAAAUUGACACAGUAUUUUCAACUUUUAUAUUCCAUACUAAAGAUAUGAAGAACUACAUGUAACAUUAUCAUUUUUAUUAAUUGCACAACUCUAAUGAUAAAGGUUGGAUUGUGUUAGAGGAAUUGGCUCUUGUAUUUGCCUCUAGAGAAACAUGGUGUAGUUCUCUUUGUAUUUAUGGAUUCCUUUAUACCAUGUCACAUUUCCUUUGGUCCUCUAUGUUUGAAGUGCCUUAGACUCUUGCCAUAUUUUCAAAAUAAAAUUUCAUUAAGCUCU